AUGCGGACCUUCUUCUACCACCUCAAGUUCGAGCUUUAUCCCACUUCAAGCCCCGCACUCGCCGACACCAAGGUCGUCAAAGGGAAACAGCAGGAGGAAGCUCCCAGUAAAGACGUGUGGCUUCCGCCGAAAGGCGCCAACAUCUUCGCCGAACUUCCCGCGCAUUCUAGGAAAAGUUCGAAGAGGCCAAGUACGAGCUUCCGACCGCAAUCUUCACCACUACAAGCCUUCGAACUACCCUACCCUGCCGAUACCUAUCGAUCGAGCACACCACGAGCACCGGAGGCUACUUCGAACCCGAGCCUCAUCGACUGCGGACCUUCCAGAGCUCCGGUCAAGGAAGACAGUGGCAGUAACAUCGAGAGGAUAACCGAGAGGCAGUGGAGAGCUCGUACGCAGAGCUUCCCACCCCCGCCUUCUUCGGCAGCGAUCCGACCAGAAACGGCAGUCAAGGAUUGGCGCUUUGGUCAGGUCAGCAUCGAGAGCAUCGACAUCGAGUCGGAAAGCGACCAUUAUACAGACCAAAUGGCGGCUGAGGCUACGAGCUCUGGAGCAGACCUAGGCGUCGGUCCGACGUUUGGCGGCGCCGGAAUCUCCACGAAGGCGAAGUAUGUUCCACUCGACACAAAGAGUACGGAAGUAGGCUGGGGAGUAGUACAUUUUUACCGCGACGAGGAGGAAACACCUGCCUUGGGGCUGCCGUCUUCAGAAGGAGACGAUGUCGAGGCAGAAGAAUGCACGACGCUUUGCAUACCUGCAGUUCCAAGUUACUUGAGCCCGGGCGACUUCAUAGGCUACGUCGGGGAGAAAUGGAGGAACGACAUCAGUCACUGGCGAAUGGUCAUGACGGCUAGGAUGAAUCGGUAUUUAGUGCUCCUAAAGUUUGGAAACAGCGAGAAGGCGCGCGCGUGGCAGAAGGAGUUUGACGGAAAGGUCUUCAACAGUAUGGAGGCGCAAGUUUGCCAUGUUGUCUUUGUCAAAUCGAUCACCUUUGAGACACCGACUCGAGAAAACAAGACGUUUCCCGACCUCAAUCACGAUCCUUUCACGCCUUCCUCCGUCGUCGCCUCGAGCAGUCUAAGGCCUUUCCCUCCGCCGACGCCGAAUCUCAUCGAACUACCUACUUGCCCCGUGUGUCUCGAGCGCAUGGACGACACGACAGGUCUGAUGACGAUUCCUUGCCAGCACGUCUUUCACUGUACCUGCCUGCAAAACUGGAAAGGCUCAGGAUGUCCAGUUUGUCGACACACGAACCCCGAAACUGCAUACGAUCCAUCGAACCCAUAUACACAACCCUUUGGCUCUUCCGUAUCCAACUUGUGCAGCGUAUGCGAUUCCACCGAUGACCUAUGGAUCUGCCUUAUCUGCGGAAAUGUUGGCUGCGGUCGAUAUAAGGGCGGCCAUGCCAAGGACCAUUGGAAAGAGACGGCUCAUAGCUUCUCUCUGGAGCUGGAAACACAGCAUGUAUGGGAUUACGCUGGGGAUACGUGGGUACAUCGUUUGAUCCGUGAUAAGGGUGACGGCAAGGUCGUGGAGCUCCCGGGCAGCAACGGACAUCAUCGCGGACCGGAAGGCGGCUAUGAAGAUACUGUUCCCCGCGCAAAGCUGGACAACAUCGGCUUGGAAUACACUCAUCUCCUGACUAGUCAACUUGAGUCACAGCGGGUCUACUUUGAAGAGAUGAUCAGCAAAGUGGCGGACAAGGCCUCAAAAGCGGCCGCGAUAGCCGAGUCUGCAUCGGCGCAAGCUACCACAGCUCUGGAAGAGAAUGCCACCCUCAAGACGGAGCUGACACGUCUCCAAACGCAAGUCAUACCACAACUCGAGCGGGACGCUGAGCGUGACCGUGCAAAGGCCACCAAGGCCCAGGAACUGGCCCGCAAUAUGGGCAAAGCCCUUCAAGAGGAGAAGCAAGUCACGCAGGGACUCAUGAAGCGCGUAGAGCACAACAAAGCCGAGCUCGACACCCUGAAGAAGAGCGAGGCGUCUUACAAGGAACAGGUGGCGGAGCUGCAGGAAAUGAACAGAGAUUUGUCCAUGUUUAUAUCGGGACAGGAGAAGUUGCAGCAGAUGGAGAAGUCGGGCGAGAUUGAGGCUGGUGAAAUCGCGGAAGGGAGCGCCAGCGUUCCUGAGAAGAAGGGCAAGCGGAAAGCGAAGAAGUAA